AGGACUGUGAUGCCAAUGGACUGUAAGAUCCCAAGGAAACACAAUCAUUGCCCAGCUCAAGCCUGUAUAUACAAUGAGGUGAUAGAGUUUCUGAUGGAAGCUGUCUUAAAUGGAUAUUGUGCAACAGAAUUUUGGAGAGUUUGGUUUGUGAAUCUGGAUGUUCUAGAGCAAGAGCCUAAAGCCACGGGUACGAAUGAUGAAGAGGAGGAUGAGGGAGAGCAGUUUGACUUCGACAGUGGAGAUGAGAUACCAGAAGCAGACAGGCAAGCCCUCGUGCCACCUCCUCCUGAUCCUGGAAGUAACACAGAGCACCAAGAGGCUAACGGCACUGGAGGUGAUACCUUAGAAAGAAAUGGGGAGCUACGAGCAUCAGAACCUGCUGCGGAAGGCAUUCCAACAAAAGUAAAUCCCUACUCAGUCAUAAAUAUUUCCCCAAUGCAAGAAAAGGAUCCAUCCUCCUCCCCAGAACCAAGUCCUCAAGAUGAACCUCCAAGUCCAAAUGUGUCCGGUGGCUAUUCUGUUCCCGUGCCCUGUGGCUAUGCUGUGCCAUCCAAUUUACCUUUGAUACUGCCAGCAUAUUCCAGCCCUGUUAUAAUACGCAGUGUUUCUGUAGAUGAAGAAGCAGGUAUGCAGUCAGCAACUGAAGAAUGUCAUUGUAAUUCUUUAAAUUCAGAGGAACCCCAAAAUAGUGAAGAUAACCAGGUCAAGAGAGAGGAUGAUGCUCUGGCAAAGUGGGUUGCAGAUCCUGCAAAUACAGCAUGGAUGGAAAACCCAGAUGAAGUAAUUUAUGAUGAUGUACCAAGAGAAAAUUCAGACUCUGAACCAGAAGAAAUGAUUUAUGAUGAUGUUGAAAAUGGUGAUGAUGGUGGAAACAGCUCACUGGAAUAUGGAUGGAGUUCAAGUGAGUUUGAAAGCUACGAAGAACAAAGUGAUUCUGAAUGUAAGAAUGGAAUGCCCAGCUCCUUUUUGCGAGGCAACCACAAAAGACAUCUUUCUCAUGACCUAACGCGUUUAAAGGAGCAUUAUGAAAAAAAGAUGAAAGAUUUGAUGGCAAACACUGUGGGAGCAGUAGAGAUUCAGCAACUAAAGCAAAAACAUGAGCUGAAGAUGCAAAAGCUCAUGAGAGCUGCUAGAGAAGGUACCAAAGAUGGACUUGAAAAAACAAAAGCAGCUGUGAAAAAAGGUCGUUCUUUCAUUAGAACUAAGUCUUUUAUUUCCCAAGAUCAUAGAUCGUCAUGUCUAGAAGAAGAGGAGCUAAAUUUAUUUAUUGAUGUGGACUGUAUGCAUGCAGAAGCAAUUAUGACCCCCAUGCCUGAAGGAUUAUCGCAGCAGCAGGUUGUGAGAAGAUAUAUUUUGGGCUCUGUAGUUGAUAGUGAGAAGAAUUAUGUGGAUGCUCUGAAAAGAAUUUUGGAGCAAUAUGAGAAGCCCCUGUCAGAAAUGGAACCAAAAUUACUUAGUGAAAGAAAACUCAAAAUGGUCUUUUAUCGUAUUAAGGAAAUUCUUCAGUGCCAUUCAAUGUUUCAAAUAGCACUGGCGAGUCGUGUAUCUGAAUGGGAUUCCGUUGAAAUGAUUGGUGAUGUCUUUGUUGCUUCAUUUUCCAAAUCUAUGGUAUUAGAUGCGUACAGUGAAUAUGUAAACAACUUCAGUACAGCAGUGGGGAUUCUUAAGAAAACAUGUGCCACCAAACCUGCCUUUCUGGAUUUCUUAAAGCAGUGCCAGGAGUCAAGCCCUGAUCGGAUUACGCUGUAUGGUUUAAUGAUGAAACCUAUCCAGCGCUUUCCACAGUUCAUCCUGCUAUUGCAGGAUAUGUUGAAGAACACUAAUAAAGGACAUCCUGACAGAUUACCUCUACAGAUGGCUCUUACAGAACUUGAAACACUAGCAGAGAAGUUAAAUGAAAGGAAAAGGGAUGCGGAUCAACGCUGUGAAAUAAAACAAAUAGCAAAAGCAAUGAACGAGCGUUAUCUAAAUAAGCUACUUAGCAGUGGAAACAGAUACCUUAUACGGACUGAUGAUAUGGUUGAAACAGUUUACAAUGACAAAGGAGAAAUUAUCAAAACCAAAGAACGGCGACUUUUCAUGUUAAAUGAUGUGCUGAUGUGUGCAACGGUAAAUAUACGCUCAUCCUACGAAAGCAGUGGCACUGUGACAACUGGCCAGAGGUAUUUAUUAAAAUGGAGUGUGCCACUGGGACAAGUGGAAGUCAUAGAGUAUGGCAGCAGUGAGGGCCAAGGAGAGAACUGCAGGUUUCCACCGCAGCACUCUGCUGAAAAUGUCAUCAUUAACUCUAAACCAAACAAGCUGUAUAUGGGACCAGGGCAACUAUACCAUGAUCUGCAGAACCUUUUGCAUGACUUGAAUGUAGUUGGUCAAAUUAGUCAAUUAAUAAGCAGCCUUAAAGGAAACUAUCAGAACUUAAACCAAUCUGUAGCCCAUGACUGGACCUCAGGUUUACAAAAACUGAUCUUGAAAAAAGAAGAUGAAAUCAGAGCAGCAGAUCGCUGUAGAAUUCAGCUGCAGCUUCCAGGAAAACAAGACAAGUCUGGGCGGCCUACUUUUUUUACAGCUGUAUUCAACACAUUUACCCCUGCCAUCAAACAAUCUUGGAUCAACAAUUUACAAAUGGCUAAACUAGCCCUUGCGGAAGAUAACCUGUUAGGUUGGUUCUGCGUAGAAGAUGAUGGGAAUCAAAUCAAAAAGGAGAAACAUCCUCUCCUUGUUAGACACAUGCCAGUGAUGAUGGCCAAGCAACAGGAAUUUAAGAUUGAAUGCGCUGCUUAUAAUCCUGAACCGUACCUCUCUGGAGAAACUGAGUCAGAUUCCUGUUCCAUGGAACAUGGUUUUCUUUGGAUUGGCAGUUGUACUAAUCAGAUGGGCCAGAUUGCAAUAGUCUCAUUUCAGAGCUCCGGCCCGAAGGUUAUUGAGUGCUUCAAUGUGGAAUCACGGAUUCUUUGCAUGGUCUACAUACCAGAGGAAGAGAAACUAAAAGAACAAAAUAUAUCUCUAGAUUCUGAAAAUGUUCCCGCAAAAGCUUCUAAUAUGCCUACUAUUUGCCUUGGCAUGGAAGAAGGAAGCAUUUCUGUUUACAAAAGUUGCCAAGGCUCAAAGAAAAUUCGACUUCAACACUUCUUCACUCCUGAAAAAUCAACCGUUAUGAGCUUAACAUACAUGUCGCAAUACUUGUUUGCUGGCUUGGUAAAUGGAAACAUUGCAAUCUACACAAAAGCAGAAGAUGGGGCAUGGAACACCGAACCUCAGAAGACAGUUAAGCUGGGGGUUUUGCCUGUUAGAGGUCUGCUUGUGAUGGAAGACAGCAUUUGGGCUGCGUGUGGUGGACAAAUUUUUAUAAUCAGCACAGUGACGCAUUCCAUAGAAAGCCAUUUUGAAGCUCAUCAAGAGGAAGGGAUGGUAAUCUCUCACAUGGCUGUUGCUGGAGUGGGAGUCUGGAUUGCCUUCACAUCUGGAUCUACGCUUCGCCUGUUCCACACAGAGACGCUGAAACACCUCCAGGAUAUUAACAUUGCCACGCCUGUUCACAAUAUGUUGCCAGGGCAGCAGCGUGUUUCUGUGACCAGCCUCCUGGUGUGCCAUGGUUUAUUACUGGUUGGAACAAAUCUGGGUAUAAUAGUAGCAUUGCCAGUGCCACGCCUGCAGGGGAUUCCUAAAGUAACUGGAAGAGGAAUGGUGUCAUAUCAUGCACACAAUGGGCCAGUCAAGUUUCUUGUAAUGGCUACGUCUAUAAACAAGAAAAACAAAAACAAGUUGAGGAACAGCCUGCCUCCUGGCUCAGAGUCUAAAGACGACGACCAAAAGAAUGUUCUGCACAAUGACAGACCGGGCUCUUCCCUUAGUAACAACCCUGAUACUUCAGUUUGGCUGGGAGGUUCAGUAGGAUCCAUUGCACAAAAAAGUGACUUGUCUUCAUCUUCAGGAUCCCUUACUUUGUCUCACGGAUCAAGUUCCCUAGAGCACAGACCAGAGGACAGUAACAUUUAUGAGCUUUUGAAGGAUCAAAAUUUCUCACUUAAAAGUAAAAGACAGAAAUCCAAGAAAAUGAAAGCGAUUUCAGUGUUAGUCAUUUCUGGUGGUCAAGGACACAGAAGAGUGAACAAGAAGACCAAGCAGCAACGACAGGAUGAAUUAGUAUCUUCAGUGAUGGUCUGGCAGAUCCCACUAUUAAAUAUCUGAGCGAACUAAAUCCAAAAUACUUCCUACUGUUAAACAAAGUCUGGUAUCUUUUUACAGCAAAUGCCAGCCUAGCACCCAAACCAACAGACUUUAUAUACAUGAGAUCAGUUUCAUUAGGACUUGAUCACAGAUACAAGGCAGAGUCUUCACAUAUUUAGAACAUUCUGCAGUGUUAAGAGUAUUGGAAAAAGUUUAGCUGUUGAUUCUGUCUUUGAUACGUAGAAUAGAAAGGAUUUGCUAGACACUUUUAAAGACUUCAGAAUCCUUAUUUAUAUUUACAUUUAUGAAUAUCAUUAUGUUCUAUAGCACUUAGGGAAGGCAAGGAACUUGUGCUCUGUCACAUGCUGUUUUCGGUUAUGUAAAUCAGCGGUUGUUUCCUUUUCCAAAGUGACAUAUUGCAUGGACUGUAGAUUUUAACAAAAUAGCAAAUAUUUUUAAACAAUAAAUAUUCUAAUGCAAGCUAAUAUUAAUUUGGUAACUACCAUCAUAGUUUGUAACAUCAUUCCAUAUGCCAGAGUUUGGUCUGAACAAAAGCAGUUAUUUUAAUUGACGUGUUUAUUUCAACGUAAAAAAUAGCUAUUUUUUAUUUCUAAUGCUCAGUAUUAUUAAAAAAAAAAAAAGUUGCAGUAUAAGAAGUGCAUUAUUUUCUCAGUAGGUGCAAUGUGUCUGUCACAUAGAGAAAGUUCUAACGAUGUUAUGACAUAGGGCAAAUAGAAAAUACAGAUGUAGAGCAGCUGUGCAUUGUAGUGCUGGUAACACAUUCCCUCCUGGCAGCUUGGUAUCAACGCUAGACAUGGACUGUGUCGUUCCUAAUUAGGUGUGCAUAACGAGUAUAUAAAUAAUCAGAAACACACUAACAUUGCAAUACGUAUAGGAAGCGCACGUAAUCGCUGUGGGCAUUUGCCCUGCAUCAGUUGAUUUUUGCUACAUCCUCAGGCAAACACCUAUCAAAUAGUGUCACUGCACAACUGCAGACAGCAGAGAUAGGGUUUCACCCAGAGAUUCAGCCAAAUAUGGUCUUGUAAGUGGAUAUUGUAAAAAUAGCGUGCACAGUUUCUUUGCGUUCAUUCACUCAGUGAGGAAAGCUGUUGCCUUAGUGCUAUUAGAGGGCUGAAAUCUAAACAGAGACCUAAUUCAUUGUCUUUUCUUCAUGAAUCAAUAUAUUUCCAAAGGGAAUGUUGAAUUUGGGGAUUACUACUGACCUUCAGCUCAGAAAGACAUUGCAAAAAAUGGUGAUGAGACAUGUCAUUCAAUCAAAAUGCAUUUAAUGUGUGUUGAGUGAAGGAACUGGGACCAUCCUUUUCCCUUGUCAAUAGACUGAAAGAUGCAGAGAAAUCAGGACUCAAGUUUCAUUUGGAUAUGUUAAGAACUCUAAUACUGUCCAUCAGUUCAAUAAAAUAUAAAUUAAAUGUGUCCAAAGCAGAAAGUCUGCCAGAUGUUUGCAUUGACUAAAGUCAAGUGCAAGUUUUGGCUGCUUCAGCACUCUUCUUACCCCAGUAAGGGGAUGGAUUUCCCUCAAAUUAUUUCUGCUACUUUUAAUACAAACUCCUUGAUUCCACCAUGCUUUGUUUCAGUCUGCACAGUUUUAAUCAACGUUAGCCAUAAUGGUGUUUCCCUGCACAUUGUAUUUCAAAGUAAACAGUAGUAGAGACAGGAUUAGUUCAUUCAAUAUAAGAUGGUUUGGUUUUGUUUUCUUAAAUAGCAGCAGCAUUUUAAGCGUUACUGAAAUUUCUUUUGCUAUUUUUCACCAAAUCUGUAUCUCUCUAAAUUCCCAGUCUGCUCUAAAAAGCAAACCUGUAUCAAGCUGACUCCCAAGUCAGUGGGUGGGCUGACUCACCAAGCCUGAUGGAGCACCGCAGUACGAGACCAUCGUGUCUUCCUGCCACAUGACACACAGUAUGUGGGACAGAGGAAAUACUGCUGCGGAGAACCUUUGCCUGCUGGCUGGCACUAAAAUAAAAAUAGACAUUUCAAAAAUCAGAGAUGCACGCACGUUUCUUUUCAGAGGUUUGGCCCACAUCCUACAUCCUGAUGAGAAUGGGUUUCUUAAGCCAUAAUAACAUCGAUUUCGAUAAGUCAUGAAGGACAUUUCUUAUGGGUUGGGUUGUAGGUUUAGGUCCUUCCCUAGUGUUUUGUGCAUCUACACUGUGUCCUUCACCAUCUACAUCUCACUGCUUCAGCUGGGUGUUGUCAGCAUUGGUAUGGCCUUAGUGCUGGCAUGAGUCCUUGUGCAAAACAAUUCAGCGUGCCUCUAAGCCACCAGCCAGUAGCAUUUUCCCCAAAUUUUCCUCCUCUUCCUGACCUAGUGCCUGGUUUGCCUGGCCUGAGGGAUCAAGGCUGGUGUAGCAUUUUCUACACUCUUCCAUAGCUAUGGCCCUGGGAGUUGCUCUUUGCCCACUGUGUGGAAGUACUAAAUCGUACAGUUUAAUGUAUGUAUAUUGAAAAGCAUGUUAAAAGAUUCUUCUGUGUAUAAAGCAUAUAUAACCUAGCGUCCCUUUGCUACACUACAGCAGAAAGACUAAAGGUGUGAUUCUAUGUGCCCCUUGGGUGCGGGCUUCCACAUCCAUGCUUUUGGGACUGGAAUUAUUAUGAUGAUCAUGCCCACCCUCUCGUGGUUCAUUAUCACUGAGAAUGGAAAGUUGAGUCCCCCACACAUUCAACUGGAAAUCCAUGCAUGGAGCUAUUACAGAAUCUGCUGGCAACGAUGCAUGAGAGUUUUAAAAUGUUAAGUGAUAUUCAUCCUAUCUUCCAGCUGAAAUGUUGCUUUCUUCAGAUAACAGAAGAGUAGAAACACGUCCAAAUCUGCUCUUCUGAAAGUCCAUCAACGUUUUGCCACUGAUCUCAGUAAGGCCAGCACCACAUUUACAUUACACUGUUUUGAAAACAAACGUAUCUGUUUGUCUUACUGAGUGGUAAAGAGAAAGAGAAGCUGUAUGUCUUUUGUUAGAGACACACAUUGUCAUUAACUGGAUUUUCAGUAAUGAACUGAGCACAACAUGCAAUGCUUAUUUUCUGAUACACAGCUACGUAGCAAGGUAUUACCUUACUGUGAAAGCAGAGAGGAACCAAAGUUUAUUUUACAGCAGGCGAAUAACCUUUAAAGCCGUUUCAGACUGCUGCUGGAUAGGUUGGAUCUUGCUUUCUGAUACUGCUUUUCUAGAUUAAUAGAAGUUGUGGAAAAUAUUAGGGAAAAAGGGGAGCAAGUGUAACCACUACAAUAUACUCUGUAUAUGUUUUCUAACACAUAGUAGGGUAUUUUAUAACAUGAGCCAUAAAACUUAUGUAUUUAUGUUCAAAGUAUAAACUGAAAAAAAUGUUUAAUAAAAAAUGUGAUAAAAAAUUAA